GAGCGGAGCGGGAAGUGCGCGCGCUGCCCUCUUGCCCGGCAGAUGCGUCGGUGCCGGGGCGCGAGCGGCAUGAUGGGGGCUCCGCUCCGCUGCGCGGCCCUGGCGCUGCUGCUGUCGUUGCUGCCUACGGGCGCUGCCGCCAUCCCACCGCCGGAGGAGGCGGCUCGCAUGGCUCGCUUCGUCCUGCACAACUGCGACUGGGGGGCGCUGGCCACGCUGUCGGCGCAGAGCGGGCUGCGAGGCCGCCCCUUCGCCAACAUCUUCUCGCUCAGCGACGGCCCCCCCGGGUCCCGCGGCGGCAGCGGCGUCCCCUACCUGUACCUCACCGACAUGGAGAUCUCCGUGCAGGACCUGGAGAUCAAUUCAAAUGCCUCCUUAACUGUGUCUUUGGCACAGACUCCUUACUGCAAGAAGCACAGAUAUGAUCCCCAGAACCCGCUCUGUGCCCACAUAAUUUUCUGUGGGAGUGUUGUAAAGGUGAAUGAUUCAGAAGUGGGCUUAGCGAAAAAAGCAUUAUUCAGUCGCCAUCCUGAAAUGGAAAGUUGGCCUAAGGAUCAUAAUUGGUUCUUUGCCAAAUUUAACAUCACCAACAUUUGGGUCUUGGACUACUUUGGUGGAUUGAAGAUCGUGACACCAGAAGAAUAUUACAAUGUCAAGCCUUAGUGGAAGAAGAUCCCUGGUGAUGCCGAUACACAAAUAAAUUACUUUGGCUGUUUCAUGAAAGAUCUAUAUUUUCUUAUGUAUUGUAGAGCUUGUGUAACUAAGGACAUGCACCUUGGAUUGUUAAUGAGCUUGUAUAACCCUUCUGAAGGAAAUGUAAGUUCUCACUAACUGGCACAGCUUCAAUCAUGUCAUAUUAAAAAAACUUUGUGCAUAAACCAAAAUUAGAUUUUAUUAAUUGGAUGUGUUUCUGGAAAGACUGUCUCUCUCUGUUGACAGUCUGUAUUCAGAGAGGCUGUGUUUACUGGAAACUAAAAGAUUAGUCCAGUUUUAAACUUUUCAGUGCCUUAGUUAAAUGGUAUCUGUGAGCACUUUCGAAUUUUAUUUUAGUUUUAAUACCAGUUUGGUUUAGAUCUUUAUGGCUAAGAACUACAGGAUGUCUCAGCUAACUCUGGAAUAGAAAGCAUUGCUUGUAUUACAGUGACAAAUUAUAUGCUGAGUUUCCAGAUUCUGCUAAGAAUUUUCUUUCCAUGCUAAUAUGCUCACUUCUUUGAGCCAUUUUUCUGUUUUGCUACCUAUAUUGAGUGUGCUGCAGGAUACAGUCGUGUUUACACCAACUGUACGUGCACCUUAUGAUAAGUUCUUGCAGCUGGCAGUGUUUAUAUACCCAGACUCCUUAAAAGCAAUAGGGUGGUAAUACACUAAGUAUGUGACUUGAGUAUAAGAGUAGUGGCUUGUAAAUUCAAUGAAUAUGUUGUAAAGUACAUAUGUUUUCCAUUUAGGAUCCUGAAAUCUUCAGCUUUGUUUAGGCUGAUCAAAUGGCAAUGUAACAACUUCUAUUACCCUCAACAGUAGAACUGAGCAAUUUUUUUGUUUUGGAAGUCUUACACUGCAUUUUUGGGUUAGUAACCCAGAACUGAGGAAGAAGCAAUACAGUAUGACAGAGAUUGUUCAUGACUUCUAGAGAAUGAAAAUUAAUGAAAGGUGUGUAUAAUUAAUUCUCUGUUCAAAUAUGCCAUGCACAACUACAAAAAAUAAACACCUUUUAACAUCCCCUCUUAUCUCCAUGUACUAAGUUCAGAAAUAUCCAAAAGGAAUUAUGAAAAAUUAAGUUGAUUUUACAAUGAUCAAAUAUUACCUAGCUGACUGAGUAAAGACUGUGACAAUUUAGACUCCUUCGAGGCAGAGCUAUAUACAGAACAGUGGAAGUCAUCAUAUGAAGUAAUCUCUAUGCCUUAGUGUUGUCAUUGUAUUGCUACUUUUCUCAGAUACUGGAAUGAUUAUAGAAGUAUUUUUGAGGUGACUUGCUAAGUUUUCCUUGUCACAAGAGUAAAAAUGGUACUUGUAACUGUAUCAAACACAUUCUGUUAUGCUAUUUGAGAUUAAUUUAAGAUCAAAAAGCUUAUAUUAUGGAAAUAGUUUGUUGAACAGAUAACACUGAUUAAAAAUAUGAAACUAGAAGAUAUUUUUAUAUUUCAUAAGACAUAAUAAUUGUGGAAAUUCAAACAAUCCUUUUGAUGGGGACACCUGAAUGCAUUACAUAACACUUUGUAGCUUUUGAUGUGUGAGAUUGAUAAUGCUGAGCUUUUGUUAAAAUUAAAAUAUUUUUUGACAAGU